GCGGCGCAGGCUGCAAGCUCAGCAAGUCUUGCCGCAAAGACACUCCGGCCGAGUUGGGGCCGGGGCGCCGCGGGACUCCGGGCCGAGCGGACGCCCUCUCGGCCGUCGCCGGCAGCCCGCCGGCCCUCACUUCGGGGACGCGGGUCCCUGCUGGCUGGCUACCUCGCUGUCCCUCUGCCACCAUGAGGAGCAUCUUCAAGAGGAACCAGGAGCCCAUGGUGGCCCCCGCCACCACCGCCAUGCCCACCGGCCCGGUGGACAACUCCACAGAGAGCGGGGGUGCAGGCGAGGGCAAGGAGGACGUGUUUGCCAUGCUCAAGGAGAGGUUCUUCAACGAGAUAGUCAAGCUGCCUCUGCCCCCCUGGGCACUGAUCGCCAUUGCCGUGGUCACGGGCCUUCUGCUGCUCACCUGCUGCUUCUGCGUCUGCAAGAAGUGCUGCUGCAAGAAGAGGAAGAACAAGAAGGAGAAGAGCAAGGGCGCCAAGAGCGCCAUGAGCAUGAAGGACAUGCGGGGCGGCCAGGAUGACGACGACGCGGAGACAGGUCUGACAGAGGGCGAGGGCGAGGGUGAGGAGGAGAAGGAGCCGGAGAACCUGGGCAAGCUGCAGUUCUCCCUGGACUACGACUUCCAGGCCAACCAGCUCACCGUGGGUGUCCUGCAGGCUGCGGAACUGCCCGCCCUGGACAUGGGCGGCACCUCGGACCCUUAUGUCAAGGUCUUCCUCCUUCCAGACAAGAAGAAGAAAUAUGAGACCAAAGUCCAUCGGAAGACGCUGAACCCUGCCUUCAACGAGACCUUCACCUUCAAGGUGCCAUACCAGGAGCUGGGGGGCAAGACCCUGGUGAUGGCCAUCUAUGACUUUGACCGCUUCUCCAAGCACGACAUCAUCGGCGAGGUGAAGGUGCCCAUGAACACGGUGGACCUGGGGCAGCCCAUCGAGGAAUGGCGGGACCUGCAGGGCGGGGAGAAGGAGGAGCCGGAGAAGCUGGGGGACAUCUGCGCCUCGCUGCGCUACGUGCCCACCGCCGGGAAGCUCACCGUCUGCAUCCUGGAGGCAAAGAACCUGAAGAAGAUGGACGUGGGCGGCCUCUCAGACCCCUACGUGAAGAUCCACCUGAUGCAGAACGGCAAGAGGCUCAAGAAGAAGAAGACCACGGUGAAGAAGAAGACGCUGAACCCCUACUUCAACGAGUCCUUCAGCUUCGAGAUCCCCUUUGAGCAGAUUCAGAAGGUGCAGGUGGUGGUCACCGUGCUGGACUACGACAAGCUGGGCAAGAACGAGGCCAUCGGGAAGAUCUUCGUGGGCAGCAACGCCACGGGCACCGAGCUGCGGCACUGGUCUGACAUGCUGGCCAACCCCCGCCGGCCCGUCGCGCAGUGGCACUCGCUCAAGCCCGAGGAGGAGGUGGACGCGCUGCUGGGCAAGAGCAAGUAGGGCCGCGGCCGGGCCGCCGCCGAGACCCAGAGCCACGGACACCUCAGCUGUGCCCCCGCGCGGCGCCCCGCCCGUCUGUGUGGUCGUGCCCCCCGUCCCCUUUUUAUGAGGACCCUCCCCUCCGACGGCCGUGGGAGGAGGGCCCCCAGAGGUGGCGCGGCCCGCCCGGCCCGCCCCGGGAGCCGCCCCCGCUGCAUGGCUGUGACCCACCCCUGCGAAGCUGCACCCCAGGCUCACCCCGAGGCGGAGCUCCCAGCGGCAGUGUGGCCUCUCCUGUCCCCCGAGCGUGUGCCCCCCCCGCCCCCCUGCUCCGCGAUGGCGGCACUGCUGGGUUCCGGAUAGGGCCUGCGCUGCGGCUCCUGGACGGGUAGCGACACGUGUGAGUGGCUGGUUCGGAGGCCAGGUGUGGAGACUGGAUUGUGCAGAAGUUACUGCUCCUCGGGCUGGUUUCAGGGACAGCACGGACCUGAGCUGGUGGCCGGACUUGCACGGGGUCUGUCCAUCCUGCAAGCUCACCUUGUGGACGGGAUAUGUCAGACCGUGAAGACACGGGAGACCCCCUCCCCAGAGAGACCACGACGGGCCUGCUGGGCCCUGGUCUCUGGGCAGGAGACGUGGGUGCUGGCCCCCGUCGGGGCCGAGAGCUGAGCGGCGUCCCCGUCCUGCCCGUACCCAUUUCCUCUUUUAAUCUCAGUGGAGCCGCGCUGUCGGUGCAGAGCCGGGUUCUUCCUGAGGAGGCCCUGUCCUUGGGCCCAGGUGAGCAGGGGGCAGUGGCCGGCCGCCGGCUCUCGUCCCCCCGGGGCUUCUCUGGGUCCCCAGGGCAUCCGUCCCUGCCCCGGGGUCCCCAUGCUGGCUCCCCGCUCAGCUCCUGACCCCAGUGUUGAUGAAAAGCCAUAUAUACGUGCGUCCAGUGUGCACGCAGGCGCCUUCCCUACCCGCAGCCUGGGCAGGAGUGUCGGCCCCGCCACCCCCGGCUGGCUCCCUCCUCCCCUCGCGGCCCCCCAGCGCCCAGAGCUGCUCCCAUCAGCCCACACCCCACACCCGGACGGACGGCUGUCUUGGGCAGGCUCUUGCCGGAGGAAGACGCCGGGGCCCUGCUGCGCGUGACGCAGUGGGGAGGGGGCUCAGCCGUGCUCAAGGGCCUGCGUCCUGGGAGGCCCUCUGCACAGGUGGGAAGGGGGCGGCCCUGCCUUCAGGACCGGGUAACCACAGAGCGGAGGGAUUCGGUGCUUCGCGAGGGUCCCCGUUUCAGGGCCCCACCCCAGGCUGACCUCACCCCUCCGCUCCCUGUGCCAGCACUGGCCUGCAUCCCGACGCCUCUGCUGCUCUGGGGGUCUUGAGCCUGGACGUGGGGCUGGAUGACAGCGCUGGGCUGGCUGAGGGGUGGGGUGGGGGCCGCAGGGGCCUGCCAGGUCGGCCGGGCCCAGAGGAGCCGUCUGAGCAGACAUGUCUGCUGACCUGUGGCUGCGGGAGACACAUGCGUGCUCCUGUCUCUGCCUGAGGGUCCUGCCCCAGGCCUGUGGGUGCCCGGGCCUGGGGUUCCCCCUCUGUGGACUGAAGGUUGCCAGGAGGGAAGCAGCAGAGGUGCCCUUCAGGGAGGGGCUGAGAGUGACCCGCGAAACCCAGGCCCCUUCCUCCCCUCUCCGGAGGAGGGGCUUGGGGCCGGGCCUCUGACUGUGGCCAGGGGCGUGGGGGUUGGGGGGCAGGGGUGGUCUCAGCACAGCCUCAGCCCCUCCUCCCAAGAGACCACGCAAGUUCCUGCUGCUGCGGCCUUGGGGUGGCAGCAGAGAGCGCCAGGUCCCCGUGGGCUGGGUUGGGGGGACGUGGUGAGCAGGGUUGGAAGAGACCCCCCAGUCCCACAGUCCCGCGGGGUCUGGGUUCUUGGGGCCCCCCAGAGAGGCUGUCCCCGCCCCGAGGCCCCCUCUCCACCUCAGAGCCCUGGUGACGGCAGACACGGAGGGGUCCCAGGCCUGAUGCUGGCCGCCCUCAGCCCCGCGGUCCAGGUGCCAAGUUAAACGUGAGUUUUUGACAAACUGCCAGUGACUGAACGUGUGAGCCCGCCCUUAGCGCUGGCCGGGACAGCCCCGCGCCCACGGACCUGUGGCCACGCUCUGCUGUUGGGCAGCCUCGUCCUGCGGCCACUCCUGCCUCCCUGGCUUGGGGGCCGGGCCGGGUCACCGGGACGGUACCCGUUUCCGAGCUGCGGUGCUGGGAAGAGGACGCUGUGAGCUGGAGAUGACAGCAGAAGCCUGAGAAGCCAGCCUCGUCUGCCCCCGCGCGCGCUCAGCUGCACACGAGGGUGGCCACCCAUGCCCGCGCCACCCCGCCCACGCACGCCCCAGCUUCGCGCCAGCAGCCGCAUGGCCGCGCCCAGAGCCCAGCUCCGCAUCACAGCCCCGAGCUGCCCCCCGGCGCCGUGUGAAGUCUGCGUCUCCCCCAGCUCCCCACACCUCGGGAGCCAGCCUGGGCCUGGCCCGACCGGCUGGUGCGUGUCCAUGGCAGAGCGGCCUUUGUGGCCUGCUCCUCCCCGGCCGUGUGAUCCACUGAAAAGCCAUACGGGGGUCUCCGGGGCCACCCUGUUGGAGCCCCCGGUCCCUUUGACCAGCUCCCCUCAGGAUACUGUGAAGGGCUUGCCUGCCAGCCUCCCGCCCCCCGCCCCGCGUCCUGAGGACAGACAGGUGUCCCGGGAUCCUGGUGGGCCCCAGUGGUGUCCCCGCGGCCCUGCUCCAUGUUGGCGGCGGGGUGGGCAGUGGGGGCCCGUGGAGACGACCAGGAUGCAUGGGAGCUGUUGGAGGCUGGGUCUGUGGCUGGGCCCCGCUCCCGUGACACUGAGGGGGUGCGGGUGGCAGGGGGCAGCGGUGGGGGCCCCAGGCUGGAGAAAGGUGCACUCAGCGCCGACCGUCGGGCAGGGACACCCCAGGAGUGGGCAGCUGUGGCUGCUCUGAGGUGGGGGGUGGGACCCCCAUCCGCACCCAGCCCCACCCCACCGCCCCCUCGGGAGGAAGGGAGGCGGGAGGGGAACCGCGGGCCCCAGGCCCUGAGCCGUCGUGUUGGACCGAGGACAGCAGCUCCCGCCAGCAGCCCCUAGCUGGGGUGACCCCUCCAUGGGCCCUGCCGAGACGGGGCGCUGUCCGGGGCCACGGGGGAGGGGGUGUGGGCGGGAUGGACCCCGACCCCUCAGAGCAGCCGGGCAUCCUGCCCCGACCCCUCCCGUCCCAACACUGGCGCUGCGGCUUCUGAAGCCCCCAGACCAGGGCGGCAGGCCCAGGCUCCUGCAGCGUGUGGCCCACCGGGACGCCCAGCCUGCCUCACGGGAAGGACGUGUGUACAGCGGCCCGC